AUGCGCUUGCGAGUGUAUCGUCACGAGACCUUCCAUUGGGCGUCGGCGUUCACUGGGAGGGCUAUGCCAAAACCAGAUUCAAACCUGCUCCAAAUGGUUGGGUUCACCAAGUCUACCGGCUUAUACAUCCUGUUCGACAAGCUGCCGGAAUUCGUUGCCGCUUUGCUCAACUCCUACUUCGACUACGGAUUUAUGAGUCAGAGUGAAACCUGCCAAGGUAUGGAGCAACCAUUGCAGUUACUGAUCUUUAAAUGUGUCUCUUCCGAAAGANUGGACGUCGUGGCCAAACCGCAAUACAUAUUCUACACGCUCCCAGCACAAAACUUGACGAGCAGCUUCGAAGCUGCAUUCAAUAAAGCUUCAGAACUCAGCAGCUUUCUCUCAAACAUAUCCAUCAAGAACCAAACAGUUUUACCGGACGAAGACACUACACCUGAUUCUUUAGAAGAAAAACUGCAGAAGACUGUCGAUAGCGUUCUCAACUACAAAAUUGACGAAACCGACCCUUCGUACAGAUUGUUCAAUGAAAUAAACAAAAAACAAUUCAUUUCAAUGACCUAUCUGACUAGAAUCACAGCUAUGACCAACAAACUUGCAGUAGCUAUAGAAAAUUUAAAAGCAAACGAUAUAAACAACGGUUACACUGAAGAAGAGGCAAAAAAACUUGAUUCGGACAUAAAUUAUAUCAGCCGGAUAUUCAAAAGAAGACCGUACGAGGCUAUAGCUAUACAUUUUGAUGUUAUUACCUACAUGUUAUCAACUAACAAUGAUUUUGACUUGGUUAAAAUUCUAGACACUGUUUGCGAAGACUUCAACAAUACUAACAUAGAUAUACUUAUCGAAGAUCAUAGAAGUAAGAGUAAAGUCUGCAGUAAGCAAUAUAAAGUCAUAUAUGGGGCUGUACAAAAUGUUAUCGCCGAUGAUUUGAAGGGAGCAAAAAACAGUUUGGAUAAUUUGCUGAAGACUCUGCAAGAUGACAAUGAAGAAGCAGGGGAUGUCGCGAGAUUCUUUAAAGACAGGUAUGGUCUUUAUACUACUUUUUAA